AUCGAGCAGCGAUCAGCGAACCGGUUACCAGUCGUGGCUCGUCAUCUGUCUCGUGGUCAUUACAUUUUUCAAAGUAUCUUGUAUAUAUACACACACUAAAAAUGAAAAACAGAUGAACACAUUUUUUUCAUCUCCCAUUUACAAAGUGUUAAAAAUAAAAAAAAUUAUUAAAAUUUUCAAUAAAGUGCCAUUUAUUUUUGAAAAAAAAAUACAUUUUCUAAUUUUUUUUCUAUAAUUAAAAGUGCUUUAUGGAAAAUUUUAGUUUUACUGUCAAGUCACUCGGAAUAAAGUCCAAUUUAAAAAAUAUUUUUAAAAAAACUUUCACUUAAUUUUAAUUUAUAGUAAAAAAUUUUUUUCGCUGUUUUUUAUAUUUCUAAGAGUUGUAAACUUGUGAAAUGUGACAAUAUAUGUAAAAAAAAUUUAAGUGAUAAAGUUUAUCUUUUCGUUUGGUGUGUGGAAGUCUACGUUUAAACUAAAUUUACAGAAGAUCUAUUUAUAUAUAAGAAAAAAUGGGACAAUUUGAAGAGAGAUCUUACUUUCAUUGGGCGGAUUGGUUGGUUUUUGCCACAAUGUUAUUAAUUUCCGCAGCCGCGGGAAUUUGGCAUUUCAAAAAAGCACAAAAAUCAAAUACUGAAGUUUAUUUAUUGGGUGGAAAAGGCAUGAGUCUUUAUCCAGUAUCAGCUUCUCUUGUUGCAAGUUUUAUAUCGGGUGUAACAAUUUUGGGCACACCAGCGGAAAUUUACAAUUUUGGUACGCAAUAUUGGAUAACAAUAAUUUCAAUUUUAUUCUCUGGAAUUGGAGUUGCACUCGUUUAUCUUCCAGUUUUUUUCACCCUAAAACUUAAUUCCGCUUACGAGUAUCUUGAGCUGAGAUUCAAUUCUUCAGUGAGAAUUUUAAUAUCUCUCAUUUUUGUGAUCGAUGUGGUUCUUUAUCAAUCGAUUGUGAUUUACGUUCCUGCAUUGGCGUUAAAUCAAGUGAGUGGAAUAAAUGUUCAUUUAAUCGGCACAAUCGUCUGCCUGACAUGCGUCUUUUACACAGUGUUGGGUGGUUUAAGAGCAGUUAUCUGGACAGAUGCUCUUCAAGUGGCUGUGAUGGUCACUGCUGUGAUAACUGUGACAGUAUUAGGAACAAUUUAUAUUGGUGGGCCUUCAAUUGUUUGGCAGAAAGCUCAAGAUGCCAAUAGAAUUCAAUUUCUUAACUUUGACCCGUCUCCUUACACGAGACACACAGUAUGGACUGUUUUAUUUGGAUCAUGGCUAUACAGUAUGGGUUAUAUUUCUGUAAAUCAAACAAUGGUCCAAAGAUACACUUCUUUGAAAGAUAUGAAAACUUCAAAACUAUCUAUAGCAAUUUUUACGAUUGGCGUAAUGGCGUUCAUUUCAUUGUGCUGUUGGUGUGGACUUGUUCUACUCGCUUGGUGGUCACCACCAAAAUGCGAUCCAAGAGCAAGUGGACUAAUUAUUGCUGACGAUCAACUUUUGCCCGCUUAUGUUAUGGAAAUUGCUGGAAAAUUUCAUGGGGUACCUGGACUUUUUAUUUCAGGUGUUUUUGGAGCCGCACUAAGCACAUUAUCGGUAGGACUUAAUUCAACAUCAGUGGUUCUAUUAGAGGAUUUUGUUAAGGGUUACUUUAAAUUGAAACCCACAGAUCGAUGCGCAAGAAUAUUUGUUAAAAGUAUCAUCAUUAUUCUUGGACUACUUGCGCUUGCACUACUUUUUCUUAUAGAAAAAUUAGGAGGUGUUCUCUCGGUGACAAGUAGUUUGGCUGCUAUUGCUGCUGGAACUUCUUUUGGAGUUUUUACUCUUGGUAUGCUUUUACCCUGGACUAAUUCUAAGGGCGCUCUUGCUGGCGUAAUUGCAGGAUUUUUGUUAUCUGGUUGGGCAAGUCUUGGGGCAAAUGCUGCCAUUGGCUCUGGUAUUGUGAUACCAAAAAAAUUGCCCGUCGAUUAUUCAUAUUGUCCCGGAAAUGUCAGUGACGCUUUUUUGAAUCAAUUUAAACACAUUAAUGAAGAGAGCGUGUUUCCUCUCUACCGACUUUCUUAUCAUUGGUUUGCUGGUUUGGGAACUAUAACAGUUAUUGUGGUGGGGGGAAUUGUCUCUUGGUUAACAGGACCUUUAGAUCCUUCUUCAGUCGAUAGGUCUUUGCUUUCACCAGUAAUUCACAAAUGGCUACCAAAACCAGCUUACUAUGACAAAAGUGGCAAUUGGAGGCGGCCGUCGAGUCAAUUUUCCGAUUUUAUAAAUCAUAGACGACAAAAUACAAAUAGUGAAGUAACUAAUUUUUAAUUUUAAUAUAUUAUAUGCAAAAAAUGUAUUUUUUCAAUUUAGCGAAAUUUAAAUUCCGCGUUUUAAAUAUUACUGACAAAUUACGAUUCGAUCUAUUGAGUCGGCGCAGUACAAUUUCUCUUUAAUAGAUUUUGAGGUUAUGUUAAAACCUCCAAAUUCAAUUCUUCUGGAAAUUUCUUUUUUAUGACAAUAAUUUUUUUUGAAAUUUUACAAAAUCAAUAUUACAAAAUUAAAUUAUUUUUAAAGUAUAAUAAUUGGUUAAAUAAAUAAAAAGAUUCUAAAAAAAUUUUUUUUUUAUAAAAAUUUUUUAAGUAAACAAUUUUUUUUUCUCACAUAGUUAAAAUUUUAUAGCAAAACAUUCUCUCUUUUUUUUUGUGCCUAAAUUAAGUCACCCUGAGGUUUGUGAUUUUAAAUAUGAUUUUCCAUCGUGUGGCAAAUGUCGAGUUGACACCCGAGUUCUGUAACUGAGUUUGUUCGGUUUUCAAGCUCUGGUGAUUUUCAGUCGUCCGUGAUUCUCCAGAAGCCAAAGAUCAAGUGCCCUCGGGAUAUUUCGUCUAACUCGUUAACGAAUAAGAAAUCAUGUUAAAUUUUCUAUUAGAAAUCAAAAAAACUUUUUUCCCCGGAUAACAUGAAAAUCAAAAUCUAUUUUGCAAAAAAAAAAAGAAAAAAAUUCAAACCAAUUUUGUUUCUCUUCCAAACACAAAAAAAAUCUUUUUUAAAAUUAUUUUUCUCUUGAAUUUUUUAAUAUUUUUUUUGUCCAAAAUUGAAAAAAAAAAUUUAAUUAAUUUUCUAAUUAAAAAAUUAUUAUUUUAUUCUAUUUUCUUUCAAUUUUUCGAUUGGUUUUUGUUUUUUUUCUCACAUAAAAAUGGAAAAAUUGUUUAAAUUAACGUAAUUAAUAACAAAAAAAAAUAUGGAGUUAGUUUUUUUUAGAAAAAAUAAAAAAAAAAAUUGUUUUCGAAAUUUUGUCACGGUCUUUCGUAAUGCAAGAGAGACUAAUUUGGAAUUAAUGUAGUGAACUAUAGGUGGAUGUGCAUGGAAGAGACACGUCGUUGGUUGAAUAGAGUUAGUUUGAGAUAGUUAGCGGGCCUUCAGAAAUACAAUCGGCCACGAUUGGCGGGCCUACAAUCACAUGUCCCAUUAUAUGAAAAUUAACGCCUUCGUCUUGUAAAUGCACAUUUUAAUCAAGCGUUACUUCAUUAAAAAAAAAAAAAAAAAAAAUAUCCCCAUUUUAUGCCACACCAUGCCAAAAACAUUUCCCUAAAAAUAAUAACAUUUUUACUUCAAUUUUGUAAAAAAAAAAGAUUUUUCAAUUCUAAAAUUACAAAAUAAUUAAAAGAAAAUUUUUACCAGUAUUUUAUUUAUUUUAAUUUCUAAAAUUGUAUUUUUAUUUCUUUCUAGAAAUUGACUUUUUAAGUUUAUAUUUUAAAUUUCCCGCGCUCUAAUUUUUUUUUUACAAAAAGGCGGGAAAAUUUUAAUUAUUUAAAAAUGUUUCUUUAAAAGAGAAAAAAAAAUUGUUUACACAACAUUUUAGAAAGACACAUGUAUAUGUUGGAUGAGUAAAGACUGACUAAUUUCCAGGAGGUUUGAAUUUGGAUAAGAGAUUAAUUUAUAAGGGCCCAAACGUUGUUGAGUCGAAACCUCAGAUCAAAUAUCGUCGCGCUCAGUGAAAGAGAGAGAGAGAGAGACUGACGGAAUAGCUAAUUUAUCAAUUCUUCGGUUCGGUUGGCUUCGAUUCCUAUCACUGUUUGCAAUGUCGUGCAAACAGACACGGAAAUUCCUCAACGAAUGUAUCAUAUUUGAACGUAAACCAAGUCCUUUAAGCUCAAAAUGAGGAAAAGCAACGUCUCUCUCUCUCUCUCUCUCUCAUGAUUCACCUGACAAAAUUUAUUAUUUAUUUUUCGAUUUGCAAAAAAAGAUUCAAACAUUUAAAAAAAAUUUAAGAAUUAUAAUCAGUUUUUUUAUUAUUCAAUACUAUAAUACCACAAUUGUACUUAGGAGAAACAAAGUAAAAAUAUUUUUUUCUAAUUAUAUACAAACGUAAGUUACAUAGAAUUUAAGUAUUUGUAUUUUAGAUGAAUUUUGUAAAUAAAUUUGUUUCCAUAAAUUUGAA